AGGGAAAAAGGCCAGAAUUGAAAGCAGACACAGGGAGAGGGAGAGCAGCUCCCUUCCCUCUGGUUUAAGGAGGCGAGAGCCGGGCUGGUCCCGGCUGCUUUUGUUUCCGCUAGCUGGGCCCUGCUGCUCCCCUGCUCGGCUGCCUGCGGCCAGCCUCCCCUCUCUGCAGCCUCUUGGCCUUCUUCUCCUUUUUUUAUUUUUAUUUUUAUUUUUUUCAUCCCUCCUCAUCGCGCCGCUCUGCUGGGCUUUAAUCGAAAGUUUGGCUCAGCAAAGGGUCCUGCAGAGGGUGGAGGGAGGAAGUCGCAGGGACUCCGCUGGAGAGGGAGCCUCCUGCUCCUCCUCCUCCUCCUCCUCCUCCUCCUCCUCCUCCUCCUCCUCCUCCUCGCCAGGGCUCAUUUAUUUAUACACGCACACACACACGCGUGCACACCCCUCUGCUCUGGGCUUUUCUGCACACCGGGGAUCGAAGUGGCCGAGCCCCCCCGGGUGGGCUGGGGGCUGCGAUGCGCUAAGGGAACAGCCCCGGGGGCUUGGCCACAGCCCAGCCCUGGCACAGCUUUCCCUUCCCUUUCUAUUUUCUUUCCUUUCCCUCCUCCCCCUACUUCGUUUCUUCCCUUCCCUCUCUUUCUCCUUUAAGUGGAAGAGCCUUGCCAGCUGGGGAAGGCUGGGAGGGCAGCGGGAGCCUCGGCAGGCAGCAGAUAAAGGGCGCGGAGGAGGAGGGAAAGGAAUUCGGGAACCAGCGCCGGCGGACACGCAGCACCAGCAGUUCCCCAGUGGGACCCCACGCAAGGAUUCGGCCGCCAGGCCGUGGAGCCCACCAUGCUGUGCCCCUCUCUGAAGGCUCUGCUGCGGCUCCUCAUCCUCACCGGUCUGCUGGAGGUAACGACGGGAGGCAGCGGGCUGCGCAUCGAACCCGAAAAUGCCGAGCUUAUCCUUAGCCUCCACAGCACCUUCUCCCUCGUGUGCUACGGGGACGGCGCGCUGGUCUGGGAGUGGGACGGCCAGCCUCUCACCGCCUCACUGGAGCAGAGGGACGGGGCCUUCGUCAGCAACCUCACCCUCAGGAACGUGACGGGCCGUCACACCGGGGAGUACGCCUGCACCUACAGCCCCGACCAGGCUCCAGAGCAAGCGGAGAGGAAAGCCAUUUACAUCUACGUGCCAGAUCCCUCCCUAGCCUUUCUCCCCCCAACCACCUCUGAAGAGCUCUUCAUCUUCAUCACGGGCUACAAAGAGGCCGUCAUCCCAUGCCGUGUGACCGACCCGCACCUGCAGGUCACCCUCUAUGAGAAGAAAGUGGAGAACCCCAUUCCAGCUGCUUACGACCCGCAGCAGGGUUUCAAGGGCUUCUUUGAGGACAAGACCUACUACUGCCAGACAAUCGUGGACGACCAGGAGGUGGAUUCAGACACCUUCUAUGUCUACAGGAUCCAGGUCUCAUCUGUGAACGUCUCCAUCAGCGCAGUGCAGACCGUGGUGCGUCAGGGAGAAAACGUUACCCUGAUGUGCACCGUGAGCGGCAAUGAGCUGGUCAACUUCAACUGGGAUUAUCCCCGCAAGCAGGCAGGGAAGGCUGUGGAGCCAGUGACCGACUUCCUGCCGGGAUCCUCCCACGAUAUCCGCUCCAUCCUCAUCAUCCAGAACGCAGAGCUGGAGGACAGCGGGACCUACGUCUGCAACGUCUCUGAGGGCUACCACGAGAAAACAGAUCGGAAAGACAUCACAGUCCAAGUGAUCGAGCGUGGCUUUGUGAAGUUCCACACCCAGCUGGCCAGCACAGUGUACGCUGAGGUCCACAAGAGCCACACCAUCCAGGUGGACGUGGAGGCCUACCCACAGCCAAGCAUCGUGUGGCUGAAGAACAACAAGGUGUUGACCAUGGAGAGCAGCAGCGAGUUCACCAUCACCAACAGGAACCUGUCAGAAACCAGGUACCAGACAUCCCUGGUCCUGGUGCGGGUGAAGCAGGAAGAAGGAGGAUUUUACACCAUCCGGGCUGCCAACGAGGACGAUGUGCAGGAGCUGUCCUUCCAUCUGCAGAUAAAUGUGCCAGCCAAAGUGGUGGAUCUCAAGGAGAACAGCAGUGCCACCAGUGGGGAGCAGACCGUAACGUGCUCUGCUGAAGGGAUGCCCCAGCCAGAGAUCAGCUGGUCCACCUGCAGUGACAUCAAAUGGUGCAGCACCAAGGGGCAGCCCACCCGGCUGCUGGGGAACAACUCGGCAGAGAUCAGCCUGCAGACCAACGCCACGUACCACGCGGAGCUGCAGGUGUACCGUGUGAACAGCACCCUGCAGCUGCACAGGGUGGACGAGCCCCUGCUCCUGAGAUGCACCGUGCAAAACUUCCUGGGCACCAACUCCCAGGACAUCACCCUGGUCCCGCACGCCCUGCCAUUCAAAGUGGUCAUCAUCUCCGUCAUCCUGGCCUUGCUGGUCCUCACCGUCAUCUCCCUGAUCAUCCUGAUCGUCCUGUGGCAGAAGAAACCUCGUUACGAAAUCCGCUGGAAGGUGAUCGAGUCAGUCAGCUCCGAUGGGCACGAGUACAUCUACGUGGAUCCCAUGCAACUCCCCUAUGACUCCAGCUGGGAGGUGCCCAGGGACAAGCUGGUGUUAGGACGCACCCUUGGCUCCGGGGCCUUCGGACGCGUGGUGGAGGCGACAGCCCACGGCCUGAGCCACUCGCAGUCCACCAUGAAGGUGGCGGUGAAAAUGCUCAAGUCCACGGCCCGCAGCAGUGAGAAGCAGGCCCUCAUGUCCGAGCUGAAGAUCAUGAGCCACCUGGGGCCUCACCUCAACAUCGUCAACCUGCUGGGGGCCUGCACCAAAGGGGGGCCCAUCUACAUCAUCACCGAGUACUGCCGCUACGGGGACCUGGUGGACUACCUGCACCGCAACAAGCACACCUUCCUGCAGGCCUACGGCGACAAGGCCCGCCGGGAGACCGAGGCAUACGGGAACACCGCCAAGGAGGACCAUGUGCACAGUCACCUCUCCUUGUCUGUCGAGAGCGAUGGGGGCUACAUGGACAUGAGCAAGGAUGACUCCCUGGAUUAUGUGCCCAUGUCCGACAUGAAGGGAGAAGUCAAGUAUGCUGACAUCGAGUCCUCUAACUACGGCACCCCGUACGAGCUGGACAGCUAUUCCCCUUCAGCUCCCGAACGAACAGACCGGGUGACACUGAUAAACGAGUCUCCGCUCCUCAGCUACAUGGACUUGGUGGGCUUCAGCUUCCAGGUGGCCAACGGGAUGGAGUUCCUGGCUUCCAAAAACUGUGUGCAUCGCGACCUGGCUGCCAGGAACGUCCUCAUCUGUGAGGGAAAGCUGGUGAAGAUCUGCGACUUUGGCCUGGCGAGGGACAUCAUGAGGGAUUCCAACUACAUCUCCAAAGGCAGUACCUUCUUGCCCCUUAAGUGGAUGGCCCCAGAGAGCAUCUUCAACAACCUCUACACCACCCUGAGUGAUGUGUGGUCCUUUGGGAUUCUCCUCUGGGAGAUAUUCACUCUAGGAGGGACUCCAUACCCCGAACUGCCCAUGAAUGAACAGUUCUACAACGCCAUCAAACGUGGCUAUCGGAUGUCCAAGCCCACCCAUGCCUCCGAUGAAAUCUACGAUAUCAUGCAGAAGUGCUGGGAGGAGAAGUUUGAGAUCAGACCGUCCUUCUCACAGCUGGUGGUGCUCAUGGGGAACCUCUUGGUGGAUUGCUACAGGAAGAGGUACCAGCAGGUGGAUGAAGAGUUCAUGAAGAGCGACCAUCCCGCUGUUGUCCGCACAAGACCUACGAUCCCCGGGCUGAACAACACCAGGCUCACUCCCAGCUCCCCCACCAGCAGCAUCCUCUACACGGCCGUGCACCAGAACGGGGGCGAGAACGACUAUAUCAUCCCUCUUCCUGACCCCAAGCCCGAGGCGGUCUGUGACCUCCCUCAGGAGGCCUCCAUCAGCUGCGCCAGCUCUAUGCUGAACGAAGCAAACACAUCAUCUACGAUAUCCUGUGACAGCCCCCUGGGCACCCAGCAGGACGAGGAGCAGGGAUCCGACCCGCAGCUGGGCUGCCAGGAGCCGACCACAGGGCACCACGAGGUAGAGGAGAGCUUCCUCUAGCCAGAGCUGGGCUGGUGGCACCCCCAUGGCCGACCCAGACGUCGCAGAGAGCCACACUUUGCGCUUUUUCAUCGGGACAUCCCCGCCUGUCCCAACCUUCCUCCCUCCCUCCUAUCUCCCGGAGCUGGGUGGGAGAUUAGAGACAUUUCCCCCAUUGCCGCCCCCUUCCCUCCUUACAAAGAGGUGGCUCAGCGCCAGCAACCUCGGGAUCACUGCCACAUCCUCCUCGGCGAUCACACCGCUGCAGGAGGGAGACAUCUCACAGACCAAUAUCUUCUUUUCAAGUGGAAGGCGUGGGCCGGAUCUCCGCGAGAGCCACCACUUUCUGCAUUGCUAAGAGGAUGCUCCAGCCCCUUCCCCCUCCCUGCUCUUUAGAUGGCAAUGGGUUUCAGCUCCUCUGCACCAGCACUUCUCUGACAGUCUCAGCGCCAGCCACACCGUGGUUCUGUGAAAAGCCACCGGGACAGACGAUUUCCUUGGAGCCCUUUGCUGGGGUGUAGAGGAGCCGCAAUACCCAACUCCAGCUGCUGGGGAUCAAGAACACGCGGGGUGGGUUCUCCUCCAAGCACAGCCAAGGCCUGGACAGACCAGGCAGCGUCUCGAAGACACCGAGUCACCGUCUUCCUAACCUUCCUAACCUCUCCUAUGGAGGACGGAGCAUGGCAAGCACUGCAGGUACCCGUGGCUCUCUGGCACACUCUGAGCCGUUCUGUGCCCAGCCAGGAGCCCCAGGGGCACGCCAGGAACCCAGCACGCUCUCACAAUGACUCUGUUGUAGUAGCAAAGAGGGCGGUCCGGUGGUGGUGUUGUCUGGGUGGACACUAAGCUGAUUAUUCUCCGCUGAAGAUUUAAAGGGAACAAAUAUAUUAAUCCACUAGCCAGGGCCAGUAUAAGGAAGCGAUAUGGCUAUUCAUUAAUCUUCCACUGCCACUAAGCCCAGCUCAUCUGCUGGGAAAUUUUAUAACCCUGUCAGCUGCAAAAUUUUUAUGCCUUACCCUUGGGAGACAAGAUCUCCCUUGUGAUAGACUGUUCACCCAAACGCCGUCCUUCUCAGGACGGCAGGUCUCACCAGUCCCUCCCGAGUCGUAGCAAGACCACGGGGAGCAAUAAGGAUGCCAGAACACCAGCCCAGGGACAUCACAGAAGACAGAGAGUCUGGGAAGCCGUUUGGCCAUGGCUGUAGCAUGUCUCAUGCCCUGCCACUCUGGGGGGCCAGGCACCGCCAUUAGCAGCUUGCCAGGGCUGUGGGUGAAGUGUCGUGGGGAGCCAAGCAGAGCAAGAGGAAUCGGGGAGGAUUCCUCUCCCUUGGGAAAUGUUUUGAAGGGCAGAGACCUUCCUCCUGCUUCUCUCUUCCUUCCUUGCUUCUCACAGGCAGGCUCAGGACCUCUUGUGCUCUCAGCUGGUACUUGAAUGAGGAGACUCAAAGCAGGAGGAACACCGGGCUUUUGAAAUCAGUUGUGAACCCCACCUCUGUGGAGAUGAAAGCUAGACCCCAAAAACUACAGCUCUAACACCAGAGAAACUAGCAGGUUUUUUUUUUUUUUUUUUUCUCCAAAAGGAGAAGUUUUGCCUUGCACAGAGCUCUGUCUGCAUCAUGUCCCCAAUCCCAUUAACCCCUUUGCUGCCCUACGCAUGCAUAUUUCUCCGUGCACCCUACAAAUCCUACACAGGCAGGUUUAAAAAUUCAAUCAGCAUCUUUCGGAUUUCAUCCACCUCAGAGCCACUGAGUUUGUUUUCGUUUUUGUUUUUUUUAAUCUGAAACUUCUGCCAAAAAGAAAAAAAAAAGAAAGAAAAAAACUACCAGCAAAACAGCUUCUGUCUUAAGUUGUCUAUCGUUGCAAUGCUGUCAUUUAUGCAACUAAAAGAGGAGCAGAUAUUUCACUGGCUGAUGUCCUUGUUAAAAUGUGAGCACAAGAAAUAGCACUUUUAUUGGCAGCUGGUGGAGCAUAUUUUCAGCCCCCGUGGUCAGACUCCCCAUCAUCUGUAGGAAACACACUGUGAAUGACAACUGUUUUUCCAUGCUAGUUCCUCCUGCUUGUAAUGAAGGAGCCAUCUUCUGUGGUGCAAGAAAUGAUCCUAACUGUGGAGAAGCAGUAACUUGUGAGAUCCUCGGGGUCAGACCACUUUGUUUUUCUGACAUGUAAGGUGCUUGGUAGGAUGCCUGUAGCUGCAACUUGAGCCCAUAGGGUGGCACAUCGGUUCAUCCUGAUAGCCCCUGUCUGCAGCAGCUCCAUUUUUAAUUUGUCCUUCUCUGCCAAGGAUGACCAGAAGUAUCCAGUACUCCAGUAAGGUCAAGUCUAGACCUCACAGAGGGCAUUAAUACAUUCUGGUCUGUACUGGAUUUGUGUUGCUUUGGAUAAUGCUGGCCUUUUCCCAGCCACAACAUACUGGUAGUUUGGAGUCAUCCUCUGACCAACCUUAGCACCUAGUUCUUUCUACUCUUCCAGCAUUUCUAACCAAGAUACUCCCUGCUGUUCCAGACAUUGGGUCAUCAGCACAUUUCAUUAAGAAACUGUUAUUUUUUGGGCUGGACUGACUAAUAAAAAUAUUAAAUAUUUUUGGCAUCAAGAGCAACCCUAGAGAGCUACUUUUACUACCUCCAUCCAGCCCAAAGAUUUCCCCAUCAAUUAACUCCUUGUUGCCCUUCAUUUGGCUAUUCGUUCAUUCACUUCACAAAUCCUAUAAUAACUCCAUCUUGUACAGCUGAAUUAUUAAUUUCCCACUAUCAAACACUAUUCCACAGUCCUGAAAGAGGAGAUCUAUUUCUUCUCCCUGGUGGGGGAGCUCAGGUAUCCUGUCCUAUUAGCUGGGCAUUAGCUACACUUGGAUGCCCAUUGCGUUUUAUCCUAUUUGUAUGUUUAUCCCAAUUAUUCUUCACAUCAAAACUUGUUCUGGCUGCCGAUGGGGUCAGAUUCGUCUUCCUUCUCAAAACAGGUACGCCAGUCCCUUUGCAUAUGGUACUGUUCUGCACUCCAGGGAGGUGUGACCAAAUAUUUGCCCUUGGGCCUGGCAUUGCAAGGGCCAGCUCCUGCACUUUGCGGUACUUUCCCACCCUUACUCGACUAUUCCCACCACCCUGCCAACAUGUUAUGCUAAACACCCCUGCAGCCCAAGCCGGGCAAACUCCCCUUAAAGACAGGGCUUAGGAGGGCUGAGGCUUACAGCAGCCCCCAAGCGAGCUCGGCCCCCACAGGGACGGAUGCAGCCCCCAUCCCCUCUCUCUGUGUCCGAUAUUCCAGUCCUGGCAAGGGCCAGCAGAAACGGUUGUCUCUUCUGGGCCCAGCAGUUUUGCAGCCACGGUUUCUCCGGUGAGAUUCUGAAGGGAACCAGUCCCUCUGGGUUUUUAGUUUUGAUAAUCAGUAUUUUUUGUUUGGGUGUGUUUUCAUGUUUAGAGGUGGACCCAAACUGAGUGCCCCCCAAAGGGACACAUGCCGCAGCUUGGGCCCACCUCUAGUGCAAUAUCUUUUAUCUGUAGAUUAUAUUUUACUCUGCAGCUGUUACAUCGUUAUCAGCACCAGUAUAUGCAUAAUCCUACUGCCAGUCACUAUUUCAUACGUACCUACGUGUAUCCCAGAAACUAAAGCGACACUCUGGUGUCUUUCUGUGUUUAAGAUGCUUCUCAGAUCGAUGUGUGUGCAGGUUUUAAACCUUUUGUCCUUCUCAGUUUGAACGUGUUGCUAUUUUUCUAAGUGAGAGUGUCCCGUUUAGUGUUUGUUUGUCUUGUGUUAAGAAAUCUAGAGCACAGCGGACUUUACUUGUAACUAAAUUGUCUCUGUUCACCUGUCAAGGGGACUGCGGUGGAGCCCCGUGGGGUGUGCAGGCAGAAGCACAGUGCAGAUGUGUGGCCGGGGGAAGUCAGCCAGAAGCAAGAAAUGGCUCUUCCCCUUCUUCCCUGCCAGGGCUCCAGGCUGGGGCAUGCAGCACCACUCAGCAGGGUACUGGGCAGUGGAUCUGGGCUGUGGGGAAGCCUGAGGUCUGCCUGUGUAGAGCUGGGCAGAUCUGCACAAGGGGCUUUCUCAGACAUCUCCAUCUGGGGGCUUUUUUCUAAAAUGGCAUGUCAGCUAACGUGCUAAGGAGGCAAGCCCCAUGCUCCCACCUGCAGGUGCAAGGAAGGGCUCUGGCCAGGCUCGGUGCUUGGCUCCGGUCCCAGGAGCAGUGUGGCCACUUGGCCGUGCACAGCACAGGACAUCCAGGCACCCCCGGCAGGCCAGCUAUCGCUCCAAGGCCAGAUUUCAUGGGUCAGCACACAGGGUGCUGGGCUCCCAAGCGUAACUCCCACCUUUCCCUCAGUGCUGAAGUCUCUGGAACGUGCAAAGAUGGAUCCAGAUGGCUUUAGCAAAGGCAGGGACCUGCUCCAGUUUAGCCCCAGGGACUCUCAGAGAUGGGACUUGCAGGGGUGGGAGGAGGCAGGGAAGGUUGUGCUGGGAGGUCUGCAGCGUCCCAUCAUUCCUGUCCUGUCCUCCUUCAUGGAUGGCACUGGAACAGUAAAGACCUGCAAAACCUGCCCAGAGCAUGCCCUCUGCCCUCUCCCCCUCCUGCAGUGCUGGCAGGCUGGCAUCACACUGUUACUCUGCAACAUCUCUGAACUAAAACAGCACCUGCCUCCACUGCCUGUCAGAAACCACCCUGAGGGCAAGGAAAAAAAAACAGAGUUCGGACUAAGGUACCAAAGAGUUAACAUUUUCCUAGGUUUACAGAUGUAUUUGUAGGACUUGUACUAUGUCACUUCUAUAGCCAUGAGAUAUUAUUUUUAUGCUGUAAACUUUUACAAACACAUUUUUAAAGAAAGAGUUUAAAAAUAAAGAUGUUUUUCUUUUUGGAAA